AUGUUAGUAAUUGACGAGGAAUCACUUUCAUGCAAGUUUUGCUUUGAACUUCUUCAAGAUCCAAGAGUUUUACCUUGUGGUCAUUCAAUGUGCACCCGAUGCAUUAUGGCAAAUAUCAAUUUUAAAAAGUUAAAACUCAAAGAACCAUUUCUUCAAGCUCCUGUGCUGGGAAAUCAAACAAAGAUCAACAAAUUGUAUGGAACAACAAGUGAUCAAAGUAACAAGAAGGAAGGAAUUUGUUUCAAUUGUCCCUCUUGCAACAAGGAAUGUAAAGUCAAUCAUUCUGAAGAUGUACCAAGUGUCUUUCCUAUUAAUUACGAUCUCAAGAGUACUGUAGAAAAUUAUAUGAUGGAGAGGGAGAAGGGAGAAACUUGUGCCAAUUGUGAAACUAACAUUGUUCAAGUUGAAUGUGAGGAUUGUAAUAGUAGAUUCUGUGAGGAAUGUUUCACAUCCAUUCAUGCUCCCAAGUUCUUUGCUUCUCAUAAAAAAGCUCCACUUGGAACAAUUCUAACUGUUGGAAAAUGUAAGAGACAUAAUAAUCAUACAUGUGUCCCAAUUGAUGAACAUAUGGAAGAGGCUAAGGCAGGAAUGUCUAACAAGAUUGAGCAAGUUGAUCAAGAUAUUGAAUUCUUGUAUGUUGCAUUGGAAAAGAUUGGCUCUCUCCAAACUAAACUAGUCAGUAAUCAAGAAACUUACGAAAUGAGGGUUAAUACUAUGAUUGACAACUAUUUGGCACAAGUGGAAGACAAAAGAAAAGAAAUUCUUGACAAAAGCCAAUCAGAACAUCAAGAGAGAAUGGCAAUUGUUCAAGAUCAAUACUCAACCAUGUCAGGUCUCAUUGAAAACAUGCAAGGAAUCAAAAAUGCUUUUGAAAAAGUCAUUCAUUUCAGGAAUAUUACAUCCCUUAUCACUGCAGAACAUCAAAUUGAAUCUACCUUACAAGAUUUGAAUUGUAAACAACUUGACACUAGUCCAAUAUUUUUCACCCAGAAACACAAUCCUUCUAAUUUAGAUUUUAAAGAAACUACUAUCAGCAAAGCUGUUUCUCAACUUGUAUUUGAUUAUCCACUAGAUAUUAAAUUCAAUAUAUGUAAGGAAUGCAUCUCUGCUAAACCCACACCAGAAGAAGAACCGAAAGAAGAAGCUAGUUUGGCUCCUUCUUUGUCAUCCUCUGUACCAAAACAACCUGAAUCUAUUGUUCAGUUUGAGAAAUCUUUCAGUAAUAUUGUUGCAGAAUCUUUGAAAGAUGAAGUUCCCUUACUAAUGAAAGAGGAUGACGAUGAAUAUAAUGUACCUACUACAAAGAAGAAGAAAAUAAGAGUCAAGAGACGCUGAGUUGGUUAACCCUUGAUAUGACAUUAAUACUUUACAAAAGUAUUACAUUAUUAACAAUUAUGUAAAUUAAAAUUGAUAGAAAUUAAAUCAAAAAAAAAUGCGCAACAUCAAGCACAAUUCACUUCUCUAUCGCUUGAAUACAUUAUCAUCCACUUCAACUUUACAUCAUUUAAAUAGUAAUAACAAUAAUAUAAUUAAUCAUAUUAAAAUUAAUGGUGGAAAUAAAUCAUUCCCGACAGGAUCUUC